AUGGCUUCCUUUCUUCCUGUCAACAAUUCGGCCCCUGAAGAUCACGCGAUGGAUGGAGCAGCUACACCUCGUGCGACCACAAAUGGCGUGCCAGCCACGGACGUUUCUUCGACGGAGCAGUUUCCAGACGGAGCCUCACACCACAGCCGCGGUAGCGACGCUUCAUCCCGCACAACCUUAACCCACGGUCGAACCCCGUCAACGUCUGACGAACAAAUGCACGGUUCCGAUGGAGAACAAGACGAUUCCGACCAUGAUAAAACCCAGGGGGGUACCGCUCCACCAUCGAAAAAGAAAAAAGGUCAACGGUUCUUCUGCACCUCUUUCCCUCCUUGCAAUCUGAGUUUCACACGGAGCGAACAUCUGGCUCGCCAUAUUCGAAAACACACCGGCGAACGUCCCUUCCAGUGCCACUGCUCUCGCCGGUUUUCCCGACUCGACAAUCUCCGCCAGCAUGCUCAAACAGUCCACGUCAAUGAGGAAAUUCCCGGGGAUUCACUGGCGGCCACGGGCACACGGUUCCAGCGUCAGGUCCGUACAGAUCGAGUGCGGCCCCCAGGCCGGGCGCGGGCAGGCACCGGAGGCAGUCUUGGUGGUCAUACCCGAGCCCAUAGCAGGAACUUGUCAACCUCGAGUGUUGCGUCCACCACUUCAACAUACAGCCAACCUCCAGAACUUCGACGACGACCCCCUCCUUUAAUCAUGGCCAACGACCCCGCAGCUCGAUCCCGACUGGCAAUGGAUUCCAUGGGAGAACCUCCGAGCACACCCCCAGCCCAGAUCCGUGGGGCUCCUGGCCCCUCGACAGCUGGAUCGCCAUACACCUCCAAUAUGUUUGCUGCUACUGGUGGAAGCCCCCAAUAUGCCUCGCCCAUGGCUGGUACGACCCAUGGUUUCUGGGAAGGAAAGACGGCUGCCCGUCGUCUUUCAGUGCCAACGAGCAGCAACCCUUUCCUCGCACAGCAUGGCAACACAUAUCCUCCGGCAUAUCACACCCCCGCCGGUGCACCUUAUCCAAAUGCUGCUGGUGUAUUCGCAAGCCCCACCAGCACACAUUACUCUGGAUCUCGUGAUGAGGGUACCUUGAGCGCGGCUGAGGCGGAGAUGCGGAGGAGAACAUGGCACCCUUCUUCAUACACAGGGUUUCCACGUCCUGGAACCAGUGCCCUGAACCAAUAUCACACACCCGACAAUGUCCCGCCUUCAUUUGGCACGAAUGAUUCGACCGAGCAUCCGCCCCGGCUCCCCGGGAUUGAGAGUUUCGACAAAGUAGUCCAGCGGCCCAUGACUCCUCCCACUCGGAAAGCCAGCCCAAUGCAGCUUGAUGGCCAUCAUCGCCCACCACCUAACGCAGGCUUUGGAUCGGGAUUCAAUUACACACAGCCAGCUCACCGUCCACCACCCCCCAUCUCCGGCCCUGGUCACCGACGAGGCCAUGUAUCUUGGGAUAUGUCUUUGCAUCAUAACCUUACCGGACUGGAUAUCCGAGACCGACGUCCUUCCACUGCAUCUGCUUCUCAGUGGAGUCAACAAACACUUGCAGAACUCCAAAAUGUUUCUUCCCGUCCAUCGUCAUCUUACCAGCCUACAUUCGGCCCAACGGCCGAAAGAAGUCCUGAGGAGUACCGGGGACAUCGCCCAAGCCUUUCAACGGGGAGUCGCACGAGAACUUCCCCCGAGGAUUCUAGUAGUAGCGAAGGUGUUCAUACCCCAUCUACCGCAUCGCUUGAUUAUCAUCCCGCAAUUGUGCACAGCAGCGGAUAUAUCGAAUCUAAUGACUCCUCCGAUCACCCUCCACCGAUCUGUGGCCGUCAAUCCUCCCACGCGAACGGCUACGAAGCCCACAACGACCGGGAGCCCAGGUCCGGCGUCUUCGCAGACACUUCUGCCCAAACUUCGGGCAUGGGUCGCCUGGAGGCUCUUGUCGCCGUCGCCACAAGCGAGAACAAAGGAGCAGCCAAGUUGUUUUUGUAA